AUGCCAUUUGAACUGGAUGAAUAUUAUCGCGGACAGUUGUAUGCUGUAUCGGAAACAAGCAAAAACGAAACAGGAGGCGGUGAUGGUGUUGAGGUACUAGAAGACGACGACUUCACAAGCACUACGGUGCGGCCAGGGCAUUCACUCAAGGGUGUUUACACGCACAAAAUAUAUCGGACGAAAUCAAAGUCACCGUGGGUGUUGCGCAAAUUAUUCCCUGAUACUGCAUUCGUAUUGCACGAAGAAUGCUGGAAUGCGUUUCCAUAUUGCAAAACGAUUAUUAAGGCAUUGGAUCUAAGCCCGACAUUAUUGAAAAAGCGUGAAGUGGUGGUGAUCGAUAUUUAUGACGAUAGCUUCUUAAAAAGAACAAGACCGUUCUUUUUUGCAUUUUCUCGUGCACUUAUUUUACAUCAGGACAUAACUCCGGAAACGGAUGUGCAUGAAUAUGAAUCGAAGAAGACAGGCCGUGGCAAACUAUUAAAAGACUGGGUGCAGAACUCAAAGCCAGUGAUGUGUUGUUAUAAGGUAAGGCCCAGCCAUUUAGAUCCUCUGUGA